UCGUUCCGGCCAAUCCACCUCGCCGAACAGCUCCAACCCAAACCCUAGCCGCGGCACAUGGACGACGACGCGGACCCGACGCCGCCGGUCGCCGCCGCUGCUUCCCCCUCUCAAUCACCGUCCUCCUCCCCCUCCCCCUCGCCGCGCUCCAAGCGUCGCCGUACCGACCGUUAUGCGCUCGGCUUCGAGUUCGCCCCCCGCCCUGCGCCGUCGGCUCCGGCCCCGGCCCAGCGCACCACGCCGGUGUGGACGGAGGACUCCACCUUCGCGCUCCUCGACGCUUGGGGCGAACGCUUCGUCUGCGCCGGCCGCCGCAGCCUCAGCGCCGACGAGUGGGCCGAGGUCUCUCGCCUCGCAGCCGCCGCCGACUCCCGCCCUGCGGGAUACUUCUCCGAGUCACAGUGCCGCAACCGCAUCGACACCCUCAGGAAGAUGUUCAGGAAGGAGAAGGAGAGGUCCCGCCUCGCUGCCCACCGCUCCAACCGCCCCUCCCCCUCCAAGUGGGUCUACUUCGACAAGAUGCUGUCCCUCAUGAGCCCUCCGGCGCCGCCGCCGCCACCGCUGCUUCUGGCUCCUAUCGUGAAGCGCCGCCGUGACACACGCCCAGUGCCGCGGCAGUCGUGGGGAGUGGACGUUGGUGAAUUUGUGCUCGCUGGAUGUAGCAGAGCAGCACCAGGGAAUUCAGGCCCAGAUGCGGAAUUGGGGGAAGACCAGACAGAUGAGCCUGGUGUAGUGAAGGGGAACGAUUUUGCGGUGAUCCUAGAGUCAAUCCGUAGGCUUGGGGAGGUUUACGAAAGGGUGGAGAGUAGCAAGAGGCAGCACAUGGCGGAGUUGAAACGAAUGCGAAGCGAUAUGCAAAGAGACCUUGAAGUUAGAUGGAGAGAAACUUUGGAAAGAGCACAAAUGGAGAUUGCUAGUCUCGAGGAGGAGGAUGAUACAGAGGAGGAGGGCGAUGAUAACAAGAGGUUAGGGGAUUACAAUGGUGUUGAAAUGCAGACCAAUGGCGCUGUGGAUGCUUCUCCUUAGCCCUGGCCUAGAAGUUCUGCAAAUGAGGAACAUGACAGGGAUUUGUGCCAAUAGUUGGACGUGCAAGGUAUUUCAUACACAUAAUGGGGGUUUCAUGUGAUAGUUGGAUCUGCAAGGGCUGGUAGCCUUAAUUUCCAUUAGUAACUUUAGAUACUUAGGGUUGUCGGAUUUCCGUAUUUAACUCAAUCUGUCGACACUUAAUGGAGAUCGUUGUAUAAUCUUCUUGUGUAUUACUUGUGUGAUGGUGAACAAAAUGGUGGUGGUCACAGAAUUGUUGUAUUUUCCCCACUUAGGGAUUAUCAGCGUGGAUGAAAAAUAAAUAUGAAUCAGCAAAGGUUAUUUGAACAAUGUACGCUUGGCUAAUUU